AUGGAGAAUUCAAUCUUGAUCUCUCAACGAAGGAGCAUUGAAUAUGAGCUUGUUUCACCACGCACAGAUAUGCAUGAGACGCAAAUCUCUAUGGAGCAGAAGCGGAGCAUAUGCAAAUGUAAUGCGAUGGGAAGAAACCUUGUUGUCUGCAUUGAUGGCACGUCGAAUCAGUUCGGUCAAAAGAACACCAACGUCAUCGAGCUGUAUAGAAAUCUGGUCAAAGACAAUAUGCAGGCCACGUUCUACAACAGUGGGAUCGGGACAUACGCCAAACCUUCCUGGAAAUCCUGGAGCUACUGGAAGCAAGUAAUAGAUCACAAGGUUGACCUCGCCAUUGCUUGGAAUUUUGAAAACAUUGUCAUCGAUGCAUAUCGAUGGCUUUCGAAUAAAUAUGUCGACGGAGAUCGUAUUUUCUUGUUCGGUUUCUCACGAGGGGCCUACCAAGUCCGUGCUCUGUCUGCAAUGAUUGACAAGGCAAGGACUUUUAAGGUGGGACUAAUCCACGAAGGCAACGAGGGCCAAAUCCGAUUGUAUGUGAUGCAGUCGAGUAGAUUAUGUAGUCCCAGGCUUGACCUUUACCACAGCGCGUACGAGCUCUAUGCCGAUCUGGGAUCAAAAAAGGAACAGCAAGCAUCGUCAGAUAUCAUAGAUGCUAUAUCUAUUCAAACAACCAUUGAUCAGGGCGCACGACCGCCGGACAUGGCUGAAAUGUUCAAGAAAACAUUUUCCAGAGAUGUUUGGGUUCAUUUUGUGGGCGCUUGGGAUACUGUGUCGUCUGUGGGGGUUAUACGAGAGAGAAAUCUUCCUGGCACAACUGAUGGAAUGCAACACGUCUGCUUCUUCCGCCACGCUCUUGCGCUGGACGAGCGUCGCGUCAAAUUUCUUCCGGAGUAUGCGUGGGGUGGGGUGGCGAGGCAAUCGACUCGACUCGUCGAAGGGAAGCAUACCGAACAACGCUCGGAUCUUCUUGCACAUACAAAAGAAGUAUGGUUUGCUGGAACACAUUCUGAUAUAGGCGGUGGCAACGUCUCAAAUCCCAACAUGGACCGUGGCAAGCCUCCUUUGCGAUGGAUGUAUCGAGAAGCGCAGUCUGCUGGACUCCGCUUGAAGGAUACUGACCUAAAAUUGGAGUGGGCUACAUUGGGCGUCAUCAACGAGUCGCUUACGUGGGUCUGGCAGCUUUUUGAAUGCUUCCCUAUCAAACAGCUAUCCUACAAAGAUGCAGAAAGCACCAUGACCUCCUUCCAUCUAGGGAAAGGACGCCGAAUUCAACCUGGUCAGAAAAUCCAUCCAUCGGUGAUCUUUUCUGAUGGCUACAGCCCGAAAGCGAUUCUUCAAACAACCAACGGCCCACUUCACAAUUGGAUCCGUCUCUUCCAGUCAGAUAGAACAGCCUCUAGUGAUUUCGACAACCUCUGGUCAUGGGUGGAAUCAGAUCUAUCCGAUAUUGCACGGUCGAUUAUUCGAGAUAUCGAUGGUUUAACGACAGACCCACUUCCAGCGAAACGCUUAAAACAAAUUAUAUCCACUGACGAGGGUGUCGCAGCCAUCCGUCAAUGUCCAAAUGCCGUUGAAUCCUUAUCAUUAGCGUGGCGUAAUCUUGGAUAUGAUCAAUCCAUUGAAUUGGUCCAACCAUUUCGAUCCGUGAUUCUGGCAGCUCUGCAGAAGAUGGAUCCGACCACUGAUUUCAGUGAAUCACUGCGCUUGCAGACAGCUUUGGGGAUCACUACUCUUGUGAUAUCUUCGAAUGGGAUACUCGCUUCGGGUUUUCUGGACGGAACCAUCCGAAUCUGGGAUGCGAUCACUGGCCGUAUGAAGCAGGAAAUCAAACCGGGACAUGCUGCCUCUGUCACCUCGAUCGAUUUUUCUCUCGAUGGGAAGAAAAUUGUUUCUGGGUCCGGAGAUCGGACGGUCAAAGUUUGGGACAUCACGACUGGCGAAACUUCCGAAAACUUAGUAAUAAAGCACAAAACCCGGGUUACCUGCGUCGCGUUUACUAGGAACGACCCUUCAUCUGUGGUUUCAGCUUCUUUAGAUCAGACUGUGCGAUCCCGGAAUAUAGCAUCUGGGGGCACUAGAGAAGUGCCGUUGGAGGAGUUCACAGCUAUCGAUUCCUUUGCAUUUUCGCACGACGGAAUUCUCGCCGCUUCAGGUUCUUCAGGUCGGACGAUCCGAGUCUGGAAUGUACAGACAGGGAAGGCUAUGAGUCAACCAUUCGAAGGUCACACUGGCUCCGUCAACUGCAUUGCAUUCUCUCCUGAUGGGAAGCGCCUUGGGUCAGGUGCUGGGGAUGGAACUGUACGUGUCUGGGAUAUAGCAACAGGGUAUUCUAGCAGGCCAUUCGAAGGACAUUCCAACUCAGUCACCUCGAUAUCGUUCUCGACUGAUGGCAGGCAUGUCAUUUCCGGUUCCAUGGACCGGACUAUCCGAGUCUGGGAGAUAGAUAUCCGAUCUGGUAAAGCCAUUGGCACUCUCUUCGCAGGGCAUAACAGCUCAGUGACCUCUGUCGCAUUCUCACCGGAUGGAAAGCACUUCAUAUCUGGGAGUUUGGAUGGCAGUAUUAGAAUUUGGUAUGCUCACCCCUUUCGAGGACACGAAGGGCCUAUUCACUGCGUUGCGUAUUCGCCGGAUGGGACGCGCGUAGCCUCUGGUUCAUAUGAUAGAACAAUCCGAGUCUGGAAUUCAGUCACUGGCGAAGCCAUCGGGGAGCCAUUCGUAGGACACGAAGGAAUUGUUGGGACCAUCGCAUUUUCUCCAGACAAGAGACACAUUGCUUCGGGCGGACAAGAUAGGAAAGUUCUAAUCUGGGAUGUGGAAACCGGGAAACUCGUCAGGGAGUUAUUCCGAGGGCAAGAAUAUCCUAUCCGCUCGGUCGCCUUUUCUCCAGACGGGAAGCACGUUGUUGCAGGUUCAUAUGACAGAACCAUCCGAGUCUGGGAUGCGUCAACUGGCGACUCUAUUGGAAACCCGUUCCAAGGACAUGAAUUACCAGUCUACGCUGUUGCAUAUCUCCCAGAUGGAAAGAGAAUCGUUUCUAGCUCUGGAGACGGAACGAUUCGAGUUUGGGAUGCGAAGACAGGCAAAGCCAAAGGGAACCCGUUUCGAGGACACAAGCAAAUCGUCACAUCCGUUGCGGUCUCGCCAGAUGGAAAGCAUGUCAUCUCGGGUUCGGUCGAUAACACAAUCCGAGUUUGGGAUGCGAUGACAGGUGAAGUCAAGAAGGUAUUGGAAGGGCACAAGGGGCCUGUCGCAUCCGUCGCGCAUUCUCCAGAUGGGAAAUUCAUGGUUUCGGGUUCAUGGGAUUUGACGAUUCGAAUUUGGGAUAUGAAGACUGGAGAAGUGAUUGGAAAGCCAUUGAAAGGCCACGGUGGGCGAAUUGCAUCCGUUGCAGUUUCGCCCGAUGGACUCCAUGUCGUGGCGGGGUCUGAGAAUGGAGCUCUUAGUACGUGGGAUCUUGCAGGAUUAACUGACUCGUCUUCGAGUGGAUGGCAGCCUCAUUCCUUUCCAUCUUUACGGCCAAUUACCACUGGGUUAACAAACAACUCGCCCAGACAUAUUUCCGAGAACGUUGAGGUAUAG